ACAUAGGGUGGGGCUUUUCGUGACACGUGUCGCCAUACCAAGCUAUUUGUGAUUUUUGUGCAAUCUGGUUCUUUAAUGCCACUUAUUCGAACUGGACUUUUAUUACAUUUUCAUAUUAAGCUCAAUCCUUUAGCCCAUUCCUUUGAACAUCUGUUACAAGCCCACACGAUUAGGUUUCUUCUUCAUUUUUCCUUUCACGCCUGCGACCUUCCUUCUUCCUCUCAAGACGACCCCCCUACGAAAUUUCACAGAGACUUAAAGCUGCGUUCGAUCUUCGUAACGUCUCAACCAUCCAUUAAUCUGUUCUUUACUCCGAGUUUUUCCUUGAUUAUUCCACUCCUCCCGCGUUUCAUUUAUUCCUCAUCACCACCUCUGUCAGCUUCCUCACACUCAUUAUCUCAAAGAAGCGUUGUGACUCUCCUCUCCACAAACGGCCAAAAAACUAUCCAAACCAUGACGGCUUCCCAACUAUCGCUCUCUGCAUUGAAUCGUUGUAAUGGCGACAAUUGUCACACGGCUGCUCCCUUUUUGGGAAGCUCGGAAUGUGAAGAAAGGCGUUGAAGAAGCUGGGAUGAUGAGUACUGAAUCCUUACUAAACAACUUCUUAAGUGUUUUUCGUUACUUCCCGUUAAAAACUCAAUUUUUAGGUCUUUUAGUUUGCUGUUAGAAAUAUUGAACCUUGCGUCUAGGGAUUGAUUCAUAUAGGCUGAGCUUUAUGUGUAGAAGACUAAAGGAAAGAUCUUUCAAAAUCAAAGCUUUGAUUCUUCGGCUGACAAUGCGUUAUCUCAAAUAUUUUCUCUACAAAUAAUGUCUAACAAGAGUUUUGACCAAAAAAAAAAAUAUAUAUAUAUAAUGUCUAACAAGAGAAAGUGGUGAAAACAAAUCGUGAUACCACUAUGAACAGUUCAAAAGUGAUCGAUCAGGUUCACUGAUUCGGUAGAGACAACAAGUGAUCAUUUUGGAGAAAGCAAGGCAAGAUUUAGAAACACUGAGGGAACACAUCUUUUCACGGCUGAUGAAAGAGCUCCAAGUUACUGAUUUGUGGAAGCUGCUGCAAACUUAUUCCCCAGGGUCAUAUGCAUGAGUAUGUUGACAGCAACGGUUUUUAAGUUCUGUGUAUCAAAGACACUCUCUACUCCCGAUGAGAUUAACGCUAUGCUUUUACAGCUUAGUGACUCCUUUAAAGCCGCCGCAGAUCAAUAUGCUCAAUGCGUAAGCCGUUUCGUCAGAUGUACAACUUAAUGUUGUUCUAUAUCAGUGAAAACACUUAAGCUAACAGCUACAACAUUCACGAAGCAACUUCAUGCAAUGGUCAAGAAAAAGUCACCUCCACCGGCUAGAAACCAAGCUCCAGCUCCGACAGAGUGAUAACAAGCGUUCAAAGCAUCUUCCUUACGAACUCCACUGCUUGGUCGCAAAUAGUCAAUGAACAACCAGUGGCUGGAAAAACAUCGAAAGGUGGUCAUGGUUAAUGAGGAGUUUUUAAGGCCACAACCCUGCACAGCUACGAGAGCCACUAAAGAGCCUUUGGGAAAGACUGCUCGAGCAGCUCACCAAGAGAUCCAAGCACAUAAAAGAAAUGGUGGUUUCCAACAAGUUUAUUGUGGAUUAUGUCACUGUUUUCAGAUAUCAUUAAACUCAGUGUAGCAUCUAUUACGUAAUGUUUCUUUUAGAUUUGUAAAACUGGAAACACACCCUGACAUUCAAAAUAUUGGUGACUAAAUGCAGGUUCAAAAAAAAGGUUGAACAGGGUCCCCCUAGGCUUCCUAUAGGGCACCACCAAAGUACAGUUCAACUACUCUAAACAUCAGACAUAUUUGCACUGCUGGUCACAAAAUAACAGAGUAUUUUUAAGUAUCCACAUUUAAACAUCAAAAUUCAUAUUCCAGACGCUUGCCACAGCCUCCGUAGAUUGCUGGGGAAUAGAAACUGGAAUCUCUGUUGCAGCAACCAACACAUAUGAUGGUGUAGAAAACAGAGGUCGGGAUCAUUCUCCUUAUAGUUAAUACCAUUAUAUUCCUGGGUUCUAAAAGUUUAUGUCCAUAUCUGUGCGAUGUAGCUAAUGCGAACAAAUCUAGAGCUCUACAGAUAAACCAAGAAUCUUUGUACAUAGUGAAAGCCACAUGUCUUCAUAUUCUGCCUAUGUCAGCAUUGAGAGUUGAAGUAUUCUCUGAAACCACAAUGCUUUGUUCAAGAAUUAUUAUACAACUUUUAUGUCAAUCUCUCAUGAUCUUAUUUCUGUUUCAAUAAAAUUUUUAUGUCGAUGAAAACUUGAAUGUUAGAAUAUUAUGGAGCAAUUUGGCAUUUAGACCUACAGGUGAAUUCUUUUGCCUUGCAGUUUUUUUUUGGGUGUUCAAUGGAAAAUUAUUACAAAAUUAAUAGAGCAAAUAUAAUAUAAAAAAACGUUAAAAAUAAUUUUUACACGUCCAAUGAAAAAGAAAUACUCUAUUAAUUUUGUAAUACACAUUCCCUACAUUCUCUAUGAGCGGCAAUGAUAUAUUAUAUGAUGCACAUAGCUUCAAUCAUCAUCAAGAUUAAUUUGUCUGACUAUCUAUACUUAUUUAUCAUUGUAGGAGUUCCAUAUAGUGAGCAUUCUAGAUUGAAUGAUGGUUGUUUCCCUUUAGAAGAAAAGCCAGCAAAAUCAAAGAAAUCAGCGAGCUGGGUCUUCACUCUUGAGGUUGGCGAAUUAGGGUGAAGGAAAGAACAAAUGAGAUCCGUCAAUCUCUGUUCACCGUGAUUAUCAUGUUCACCGUGAUUAUCAGGCAAGAGCACUAUAAAAGCGUGAAUAUGAAUAUUUUAUCUUUGUUAAAAAAAUAGAAUUUUUUUGUUAAUUUAGACUUUUUGGAGUCUGAAAUUUGGACAUCUUAAAAUCAGUAAUAUGAAUUAUAAUUAUUUACAAAAUUAAAGAAGCUAUAGUAUAUAAGAAAAAUUUUGUUUAAAGGAAGCAAUAUGUGACACAAGUUGUAUAACUCUGACAAUCUAACAAUUUAGGUUUUAUGUAUUUCUAUAAAUAGCUUUCAUAUAAAAUAAAGGAAAAAAAGAGUCAAAAUACACAAAAGAAACAGAAGAGAGAAGAUGGCCAUAUUUCAGAAAAGUAAGCUUGAGCAUUUUGGCAAUAAAAAUGUCUUUGAUACAGUAAAGUAAAGGACUGAUACAAUGACUUGGCCAAUGACCACACUCAGAUUUUUAGAUUAUUCAUGACUAUUAAAAAUUGAAAACGUCAAGUUUCAAAAAAAAAAUUGAAAACGACCCAACGCUGGAACAAAAUAUCAAAGUAGAAAAUAUUAAAGUAGAACAAACAAUGAAAGAACAUAAAAUCAUUUCUAUUUUAUUAUGAAUAUUUUUAAUACUAAAAUUAAUAUAUGAUUUACGAACAAAUGUAUCACCUGCUACUGUUAAGGGGUACCUAAUCUGAAAACGUCCCAUGCAAAAAACAUAACCAAAACAAAGUAUUUAACCAAUAUGUACAAUGAAGCCCCUAAUAGAUUGACACAUCCAAGACAUUGAGAAAGCAUGUGCAGAUUGUCGGAUUGUUACUACUUUAAUGAAAUGAACAAAUUUAUUAUCUUCAUUCAAACAUGAUAAUGCAUUUAUAUGUUUUAAGUUCAACUAUAUUUAAACUAUAUUUACUUUGAUGCAACUAUCAGUUAUUUAUUUUUUUUUAUUCAAUAAUCUGUGAAAAUUAUUUUUAAUAUUCUUCUUUGACCUAAACAAUUUCAAAAAAAAAGUAAUACACUAUUGUCACUAACCAUUAUUAAAUGGAUAAGAAUAAAAGCAAUUUUGAACUAAUUAGAAAAUAAAAUAUAUGAACCCGGCGCGUAGCGCCGGAAUAUCACUAGUAUGAAAUAAUUCAGAGAUUCAACUAAUUUUUUGGUAUAGGGUCAAAAAUCAAAGAGUGUCUUGCUCGGUCAAAUGUCGUAACCGUUAGAUCUGAGUUUGAUGGGAGCUUUGACCAACGGUGUCGAUUUUCAUACACGUGUGAGUUAGGAGGCCAGAAGCGUGUGGAUAAUAGUGGGGCCCAAUAUUCUGCACGAGGGUCUAGUCAAGUCCGACCUCGUCGUGAGAACAAUGCACAUGGACUUGGUCCAUUAUCUGUCUUAUUUUUGGUACAUGAAACUAAAAACCAAACAAACGAACAAUCAUGAAAAAGCAACGUUAUAAUAUCUGUGUUCAAACUCUGAGUCAGCAAAUAUAUGGAAGCUGAUCAUAUUGGUUGUGGUCGAAUAAUACUUUUUUGACAUAUAAAUUUUGUUGUAGUUAAAUUUUGUUGAUCAACAAUGGUGAUGAUUGGUUCGACUGUAGCCGUAGAAUUUUAACUGUAAAAGUUUAGAUGUAGAUAAAUUGGUUGUAGUUGUAAAGUUGUUACUGUUGAUUAUUUUUGCAGAGACUUUUGCUGUAGUUAAAUUUGUUGUAGCUGUAAGCUAUAGGCUGCAAAUAUUUUAAAAUAAAAUAUGUAAAAUAUGUGAUGUAUAUAUAAAAUAAUUAUUAUUUUUAUCACUUAAAAUAAUUUAUAUUAAUAUUUUUUAAAUUAUCAAAGUUUACUGUUAUUUAAAAUGUGAUAUGUAAAUAAUAUUUAUAUUAUUUAAAAUAUUUCAAUAAUUUAAAAGCACCUAAAAUUAGAGUAAAAUAUUUAUAGAUUUUUUUUAUUAUGAUUAUUUUAUUUAUUUAAUAUUAUAGAUAUUUUUUUAUUCUUACAGUUUUUACAGCUUAUAAAUAAAAGAUGUAGGUUUUUUAACUAAAAUACAUAAGAAAAAUGUUUGCUUUAUUUUUUUGAUGUAACUUACUAGCUUUAAAAAUAAAGUUAAACCAUGAUUGGUAAAAAUUAAUAGAAAUUUGAUGUAGGCUUUAACUUUGAAAAAAGUAAAGCAAAAGCAGGAUUGGUAAAGUUUAAUGAUUUAGAAAAAAAUAAAGUUAAAGUAUGCAGAUAAAACUCAACCAAUCACCCCCUUUAUAUAAUAAGUUGUGUUGUGGCUUGGCUUCCACUACGGAUAAAGGGGGGAAAAUUAUUCGAGCGAAUGUGUUUUAUUCGGGGAGAAAAGCAAAAGCGUUUCUUUUAUUUUGUGGACUGUCAUCUUCUGGCUCAAUAUAAUAUGUUUGUUAGAUAAUUUAAACUUUUGUGAUGAGCAACAACAUGUAUUUUAGAAAGCAUAAUAAGCAUUCGAAUAUCCACAACAUUUUAGUUGUCCCAAUCGUAUAAAACAUGUGGUUAAGACUGCCUAAUUUCCAAUGAAGCUGUAUAAUCGACUAUCAAAUUAGAGCACUUUCAACGCGGGUUGUUAAGGGGGUGCUUAGUUUAAUUUUGGAUUUAAGAAAAAAGAUAAAUGGGAUUAAUGAGUGGAAGCGGCGCUUAAAUAAGGGGAAGAAGAACCGCAUCUUGUGGACACGUGUUCGCUAUUGGGCACACCUCUUUCGCUCUUUUUUGACAAACACACGGCUUCUCUCUCCUUCGCGUAGACGAAACCUCGUCUCUUCACCUCACCUCGACGAAUCCGCCGGUGUUGAUCGAUUUCUCAUCGAUCGGUUGAAGACGUCGGCGUAUGUGACGGUGAGAACCUCGUAUCUGGCGGUGGAGGCGUCGAUUGUGGCCUAUUCGAUAGACGACGAUGCGUCUCUCUAGCUCUCUCCACCACUCUGCCUCUCUUUCAUCAUCUCUCCUCGGAGAAGAAUCACGGCUUCUGUUUCUGUGGCUCGACGGCGCUCCUCGACGGUUGAAAACCUCUAUCUCUCCCUCCACGGCUGAAGUCGCCGAAGCGAAAGGUAAAGCAGAGUAUCUCUCUUUCAACUCAUGCAUGUCUUAGAUUUUUGGUCUUUCUCUGUAUUUGUGAUGUGUUUGCUUCGUAUGAUCUGGCUUUUGAUGUCUGUUAUUGUAAUCGGUCACCUCUGAUCCACUUUUAUUUUGUUUUGUUUCUCUGUCUGUUGAGAUGGUUCCGAUCAAGAGGAUAUUGAUGUUCGUCUUACGGAUCAACAAACAUGAAGGUUCAUCAACGUUCGACUACAAUGGCAAUAAAGGUAACACACAUCUUUAUCGCUGAACUAAAUUGGUUUAGUCUGUUUGUCUUAUCUGAAUUGGAAUGGUUGUCGAAUUGAUUAAGUCUGUUUAUCUGAACUGAAUUGAUUUAGCAUUUGGUUUGUGUGUCUGAACUGGAUUGUUUGUCGAAAUGGUUUGAAUUGAACCGAAUUGAUGGUGCUUCUGCUUUGUGUCUCUGAACUGAAUUGAUGGUGCUUUUGGUUUGUGUCUAUGAACUAAAUUGACUCUAGUUUGUGCUCGGAUUGAAUAGUGUCUAUUAUGUGUUUUUGGUUUGUCUGUCUGACUUGAAAAUUGUUUGUCAUUUUGGUUUCAAUUGAACGGUUGGUAAUUAAUGUUGUGGUUAGAGAGAUAUUUACUUGUGGUCAUUAAUGUUGUGGUUAGAUAGAAAGCAAAGGUGAUGUGUGAUUAAUGGGUUAGAAAACUGUCUUCUCGAAAUGGUUGGGUGUUGAUCAAUGGUGAUCAAUACUUGUUUCCUUCUUCCCUUUUUCCCUUCUUCUCUUUUAUUAAAACCGUCAUUCUUCUCUUCCAUCUAUCAAAGCUUUCUCUCUUUUCGUUAUUUCUUUUAUUUCUCUCUAUUGUUUAUCUCUGUUGUUUCUCUCUUGAGCCUUUCGGAUAUGGAUUCCAAUUCAUAUACACCGUUUGGAAACUUUGUUGAUCUUCUGAAUAGUCAGCAAGACACUGUCUUUGGUUAUGUCCAAGACAGUGUCAAAGUCUCUUCCUCCCAAGUCCCUGCAGACCGUAAAGAAAGGAGGGUGUGGUCGCCAGUUGAUGAUGUUGCCCUCAUUAGCGCUUGGCUAAACAAAAGCAAAGACCCGGUGGUAGCUAACGAGCAAAGAGCUGGUAAGUUCUGGAAAAGGAUUGCUGCAUACUUUGCAGCAAGUCUCAAAGUUGCAGGUUCUGAAACUAGACAGCCACUUCAUUGUAAGCAAAGGUGGCAGAAGAUAAAUGACCAAGUAAACAAAUUUUGUGGGGCGUAUGAAUCAGCAACUAGGGAGAAGAGUAGCGGCCAAAAUGAGAACGAUGUUCUCAAACAUGCGCAUGAGAUCUACUACAACAACCACAAGAAGAAGUUUACUCUUGAGCACGCAUGGAAGGAGUUGAGGAAUGACCAGAAAUGGUGUGAAUUGUGUAGUUCUAAAACCACAGCAAGCGGCAAAAAGAGGAAGUUUGAUGAGAGUGCACAAUCAGCAAGCUCUUACGCGUUUGAAACCACCACUGGUGAAGCUGAGCAAGCAACUAUGCGUCCCCUUGGUGUUAAGGCUUCAAAGCGCCACGGUAAGAAGACGAUGGGAGAUGGUAAGGCGCUGGAUGAGUUGGAGAGUAUGUGGAGGAUCAGGAAGGAAGAUUUGGCUGUCAAAGAGAGGAUGCCAAAGAUGAAGCUACUUGACUCAUUAGUUGGCAAAGCAGAUCUACCCGAGUAUGAAGAAGAUUUGAAGAAGAAGCUAAUUGAUGAGCUUAUGUCAAAUUAGUUAUAGUAUAAACUUAAGUUUGUGUUGUUUAAAGUAUGGUCUAAACUUAAGUUUGUGUUGUCAAAUUACUUGUUUGUUGGUCUCUAAGCUUAAGUUUGUGUUGUCUUUAAGUCUCGGUUCUUGUUUUGCAAGUUUCUGUCUCUCCACAUUAAUAAUAUAAAUUCUUAUGUUCGGUUUCUCAACUUGAUAUAUAUGUUUUAAAAAAGCUGUGUGUAUGUGUUCACGAGUCUUUCUGUGUCUGUAUUUUUCUUGUCUUGUUUACAUGUGCUUGGAUUAAUGUUUUUUGUCUUUUUGUCUCUGUAUUUUCAGGUCAUGCGAGUUGGAAUACAAUUUGUUGGAAGACAGUGUUGUUGUUGGAAGACAUUGGAUGAAUCAUGUCUCAUCUGUUGUCACAUGUGUUCACGGGUCUUUGUCUUGUUGUACUGUGUAUUCUGUUGUCUCAUGUGUUGUUCACAAGACAGUGUUGUUGUUGUAAGUCACGAGUCUUUGUCGAGUUGUAAGUCACGAGUCUUUGUCAAAUUGUGGUGUAGUGUGAUUGACUCAAGUUGAAUGUAUUAUAUAAACUUCUCAAGUCUUCUCAUUUGCACAAACUUCUCAUACUUCUUUCUUAACAAACUUCUCAUUCUCCACGAUAAAAUUUUUCAUGUAAACAAACUUCUCAUAUAAACAUAAAGUGUCAUAUCUCCUCUUGUUUCUUAUCUCCUCUUUUCAUUCUACACCAUCUUGUUUCUUAUGGCAUCUUCUUCUAAUAAUCUUUUUCAGGAUUUAGAAGAUGACAUAUUUGAUCAACACUGUGAUCAAUAUUUUGAUCGUUACUUCGAAAAUGUUGUCAAUAAUUAUGGUGAUAAACAAGAAGAAAGAAGAAGAAAAAAAAGAGCUUAUAUCGAAAGAAACCGUGAAGCAGGCAAUCUCCAGCUGUGGAAUGAUUAUUUCAGUGACACACCAACAUAUCCCGAUAAUAUAUUCCGCCGACGAUUUAGAAUGAACAAGCUGUUGUUCAUGAAAAUUGUUGAUCGACUCUCCAAUGAAAUGGAAUUCUUUCAACAAAAACCAGAUGGUCUCGGAAGGCUUGGUCUCUCUACACUUCAAAAAUGUACCGCAGCUAUUCGAGUCUUGGCAUAUGGUCAUGCGGCUGAUGCGGUUGACGAAUACCUUCGGCUCGGUGCAACUACUACUCGGUCAUGUUUGGAACAGUUUGUCGAAGGAAUAAUAAAAAAUUUCAGCGAUGAGUACCUAAGAAAACCAACACCGGCUGAUCUUCAACGCCUACUUUAUAUCGGAGAGCAUCGCGGAUUUCCCGGAAUGAUAGGAAGCAUUGAUUGUAUGCACUGGGAGUGGAAGAAUUGUCCUACCGCUUGGAAAGGUCAAUAUUCACGUGGUUCGGGAAAACCCACGAUUGUUUUAGAGGCAGUUGCUUCGUAUGAUCUAUGGAUAUGGCAUGCGUUUUUUGGACCUCCAGGUACCUUAAAUGAUAUCAAUGUUCUAGAUCGCUCACCUGUUUUCGAUGACAUAAUAAAAGGUCAUGCUCCGCAAGUCACUUACUCUGUCAAUGGAAGAGA